CGCAAGAGCCAAUGGAGAGGCGCGUGACAUAGUUUGGGCAGAAGGGGUUUGCCUCACCUGCUCGAAAUCACUUCAAGAGGAGCGUGAACAGGACAUUUUCAGCUCACGACAAUUAAUAUGCACGUAUCGGACAGUUAACACUUCACUUCAAAUAACAAUAAUGAGCUCAGGUCCGGGCCGUGCGCCUUUCUGAGGUAGUACAGCACCACUCCAGAAACGCGUCACUUUUGUUUGCUACAACUUGGCAACUCAUCACUUCGGGAUUUAACAGUGAGCACGGACCCCUUUCUACUGCCGAGCUGCUUUUUUAGGCAUCAUCAUGGAACUGAAAAGGAGCCAGACGCAAUGCAAGAAAGUGUUGGAUAACGCUGAAUUAAUCGUGAAGAUGUCAAUGUGAUUUCUGUUCUUCGCUGUUUUCGUGCAUUAAAUGGCACCUAUAUAAAAUUGCAUGGGCUCUGAGCAAUUCAAGGAAGAAUAUUUUUUAUUUUUAUUUUUUUUAAUCAGUUCUGUUCAUUUGGGAAUAAUUUGUGUUGCAUUGAAGUUUUAGGAAUUAAAAAUCGUAACCUUCCAAGCUGUGCGUAACAGAAAGACGAUGGAACACACGGGGAUCGAAGAGGUGAACCAGACCCACCAGCAGCACGAACCCAUCAGCUUUGGAAUAGAUCAGAUUCUCAAUGGCUCCGACCAGCCGAGUAGCUGCAUGCUGCCGAGCCGAACCGGCGACCCGGACUACGCGCUCGCGCCGAACGUCUACGCGAACGGCUACAACAGCGUGUACAAUCCGGCCUGUUCGAUGGCGGCGGGACUGGCAGGUUCCUACAACGUAAACAUGAACAUGAAUGUGAGCAUGAAUAUGAACCUUAAUGUGAACUCAGGGAACGCAGGUGGUGUCAUCCGCGUCCCGGCCCACAGACCCAUGCCAUCCGCGCCUCACCCGCCGACUACUGCCCAUCCACCGGGCAUACCCUCCGUGCACACGGUACCCAGCAUGGGCAGCCCCGCCAGUUUCACGUUCCCCUGGAUGGAGAGCAGCAGAAGAUUUGCGAAAGAUCGACUGACCGCUGCUCUUUCACCGUUCUCCGUGACACGACGGAUCGGCCAUCCGUACCAGAACCGAACUCCACCGAAACGGAAAAAGCCCCGCACGUCGUUCAGCCGCGUGCAGAUCUGUGAGCUGGAGAAACGCUUCCACCGGCAGAAGUAUCUGGCGUCCGCGGAGCGCGCAACUCUCGCCAAGGCCCUGAAGAUGACAGACGCUCAGGUCAAAACCUGGUUUCAAAACAGAAGAACGAAAUGGAGGCAUGGCAUCUCUUUUGUGUACGUGGAAAGCUCAGAUCUCUCAAGGAGGCAGACCGCUGAGGAGAGAGAGGCUGAGCGACAGCAAGCCAACCGUCUGAUGCUGCAGCUACAACAGGAGGCCUUUCAGAAGACCCUGAGUCAGCCGCUCCAACAAGACCCUCUCUGCCUACACAACUCCUCGCUUUACGCCCUGCAGAACUUACAGCCUUGGGCGGAAGAAAACAAGCUACCCAUCUAAGAGAGGGAGGGGCUUUGUCCUUUCCAACCCCAAACUGCAAAGCUGUCUGAUGAAUUUCACCCAUCAAGACUGCUGUUCGUCUACGUGCCAUUUGGCAUCAAGGAGACUGACUCAACCCCAGACUCGUUCACUCUUGUUCUUUUUGUGUUCUGUUUUUUUGGGGGGGGACUUUGUAAGAUGUGUUUGUGAUGCAUGUUCUCUACAUUUCCUGUAUGAAGAGAUGAACUAAAAACUGUUCGUUCGGUCAAGCUGGAGUCCUUCCUAAAAUGCACUUUGGAAGCAAUUACGAAGGUGCUUUUUCUUGAUUCUUCAUGGCGUGAAAUUUAAAGGUGUUUUAUAUUAAAAAUAAUUGUGACUUCUAAAAGUUUGGUUUCAUCCUUCGUAAAAAGAAUUUGGAAUAAUAUUAAAGGCGAAAUAUGCCAUUUUUGCACACAAGAAAAAUCCUACACUCUCAAAAAUAAAAGUUCUUUAUUUGCAUUGGUGGAUUCAUGAAGAACCUUUAACUUACAUGAAAUCUUUCCAUCGUACAAAAUGGUUCUCUAUAGUGCAAAACAGUUCUUUAGAUGGUUUGUUUUAAGGAUUGUUCACCGAAAGGAUUUUUGUGGAACCAAAAAUUCAGUCUUGUUUGGCAUUAC